UGGAUAAGAUGGAAUUCAACAAGCUUCUGAGUGCAGCAGGAGGGCAUCAGAGGAGACAGGAGGAGGUGGGCAGCAGCAAUGAUGCUGAUGUCCGCGAGGACUUGGAUUUUGUACAAAUGUACCUCACCUGUUUACCUGAGAGAUACAUGAAGGCAAAGUUUACUCUGACAGCAUAUCUGGCAUGUUGGCUAAUCUUGAAACUCUGCAAGAGAGCUUGGGAGAAAAGAGGUUCAGCCUCCCAAAAGGUCCCAGAGCCAGUAGAAAAUUGCACGAAUGAAGGAGAGCUGGAAGAAGACCGGAGUUCUUCUAGCCCAAGUACAUUAGAGCUGGAGAUACGUGGAUCAGGCCAGGAAACAGAUGAAGACUAUUUUGAGACCCAGUCCCAUCAGAGCGAAUCACUGUCAGAUAUCAAGACAGAGCCUUAUGAAAGCGCCUCAGACUCGGAGUCUGUUGCCAGCGAUGUAACAAAAGAAACCAGCCUGAGCUCAUGCUGCCUUUCUUCAGAAGAACCAUGGCCUAAGUCUCCUGAAACAGAAGCAGAAGUAGCUGCCUCCAAGCCUAAAUGCCCAAGUCAGCUGGAAUGUGUGGAAAAGGAAGUAGUGGAACUGCCAUCUGUUUUACACAUUGCAGCAAGGAAAGGUGAAUUGGAGGUAGUUGCACCACGAUCAAAACCGGAAGAAUUCAGUGGGGGAGAGGGACACUUACCUUGCAGUAUUACCUUUGCAGGAUCAGAUACCAGUGAAGAGGGAUUUGUCUCACAGAUGAAGGCCAUGUUGGUAGCAGAAGCAAAGUCGAUAAACAAAGAGGGAGACUUCGAUAUUUGCUCAAAAAAUCUCACUGAAGGUGCUGUUGUCAAAGGCAACACAAGUAAAGAAGCAACAACAGUUGCUAGUCUCAGAGCAAACUCUGAGAACUCUCUGCGUUUCCUUGACAUUUGGCAUUCUCCUGCUCCCUCUGAAACAGUUUCAAGAUAUAGUUUGCCUAAUAUUCACUUAGAAUCAAACAGAAUGUGGAAAAGAAACUGUGAAGCAUCCGAAGUUAGGUAUAAGCAAGAUGAUAUACCUAACACCAAAUGCAACAGGAAAAACUUUACUGGCAGUCAAAAACCCACAGAUGCGAACUUGUGUGGGAGAAAAGUGGAGGCCACAGCUAUGUCCUGUUUGAAAUCUGCAUUUCAGACAUCUUCCACAAGGCCAGGGGUCCUAGAAAUGAAAUCAUGGCACAGCUUACCUGAGAACAUAAGUACACAAGAGGUCAAAGAGCAUGCCAGUGAUUGUAUUUGUCUAGCAGAGAAGUUAAGUGGGCCAUGCUCCAGAUUUUCCCUAGAAGUGUCUGAUUAUGAAUGUGCAAGGGAAAACCUAGAAAGAUGUGGGAACUGCCCGCAAAAUUUCUUGAAGAUGGGAAGAGGCAUAGGUAUUGGAGGUUCACUUCUUAAUAUUCAUCUGGCCUCAAAUAAGAGCCAGUUGAUGCGCGCAACAACCUCCUACUGGGCUACCAGUAAGAAUUUGCACAAUAAUCCCAAGGUCUACGGCCUUACAACAGAAAAAGCAGAUUCAUUUCAGUGUUUGUCUUUGGCACUAUCCCAGCUUCCAGAUCCCACAGUGAAUAAAUCCAGGCAGGAGACUUCUUCAUCUCUGGAGUGUGUCCCAACAAACAUUAAUGCCAAAGUAGUGUUUGAAAAAGAUCCGUCUGCAACAGUAGAUGAGACAGAAAUUAAAGGGUACCUUCAGGAUCUUAGCUUUGAAUCCAACAUGCAUGAUGCUAAAGGCCCAGAAAAUUUACUAGGUGGAUGUAUCAUGGCGGAUAAAUAUGAGAAUAGCUGUGGCAUCUUUGCUUCUGUUGCCAGGGGAAAGGUAAACAUGGAGAGAAAAUGCCUUGAAAAUCAAAACACUGAUGCCUUUGUAGAAGCAUCUGAGGGGAGAGUCAAAUCUGGACUCAAUCUAGGUGGGGGAGCAUCAGAUGAGAUUCUGGCAUCAAGUGGGAAAGAUUUCACAGAAAAAGAGGCAUCUGGGCUUCAGAAUGCGAGCAAGACAGCCAGUGCCUUAAAAUGUCCGUCAAAACAGGAGAGGACAAAUGGGCAUCUCAUGAGUACAGAAAGGCAGGACUGUUAUUGUGGUAGUGGUGAAAAUGACUCUGCUUUGGGACCAAAGCCACUUCACAUUUGCCAGGGGGAAAAGUCAGAGUUGAAACCUCUGUUGAUUCAAUCUCUUGGUCAGAAAGAAGUAGAAUCAGAGAAGAUGGAUGGUGAGAACUACUUGGCUGAUUUAACUGCUGAGAAUGUAGAUUCUCAUCUCAUCCCCACAAGAGAUGCCAGAGAAGCACAGGAAGUUCCAAACACACAGUAUUGUUGUGCAAAUGACAUUUUACCUGCACAGGUGAUGUCAGGCUGUGAAAGUCAGUUCCAUGUUAGGAUGGCCAUUCAAGAAAGCACAAAAACCGUACUCAAGGAAGCAGAAACGACUGUUCUGGAUUCCUCUUCAGUGGUUGUACCUACAAAUCCUACAGGUGCUAGUAUGGAGAACAAUUCCUGUAGGAACAAUUUAAUUCUGAAAAGUGCUAUAUUAUCUCAGAAUGAAGAGGGAAGUACAGAUGGCUUGUUCUCAGAACCAUGUGGAAUAAAGGGGGAGAUAUUUCUGAUACAGCCCUGCCAAAUGAAAGCUGGUUCUGCCUUGGAAACAGCACACGUAGAAAAUCAAUCAUUUGAAAUGACAGGGCAUGCAGUGGUGGUUGAACCUCUGACCACAAAUGUGGAGCAAGACACUUGUGUAGCCACUGCAAGAGCACAGGAAAGGAAAAGUGACCUGUGCCAAGAUGCCACUGCUGGUGAUAAGACCCAUGGGAAUCAUAUAGACAGUAAGCAAAUUCUUGAGAAAGGAGACACUAAAAAUUGUGAUAAACCCCAUGGGAAGACAGAACUCAACACGGACAUUCCUGAAAAAGAUCCAGGGUGCAUUACCCAAGGCUGUGAAUGGAAGACAAACUCAGAUAACUGUGAUUCUCUGAUGAAAAUGGACAGCCAAGAUAAUAGCACAUCAGGUCUAGAUAAUAUCAGCAUGGGCAGUACAAACAGUGAGGAGAUGGAUGAGAACCUGCUUAACUUUCUGGGUUGUAACAGUAGUUUUUAUAAGGCAGUGCAGAGAAACAAUAAGGUUGUGGUCACAGAGAAGCCUGCCAAGCAUUCAAAAUUUUUAGCCUUUUCAAAAAUGGCAUCCUUCAGAAAGACUAAGCUAACAUCUGCUGAAAUUCAAGACAGUGUCAAGACCAAGACGGAGAGCUUAGAUGGUGAUAAACAGGAUGAGCUGGAAGAGGGCUUGAAGUCCGUCAGUUCACCCAGCUCUGCUUCCCAGAGCAAGGAGCACUGCCUUGCAGAGUAUUCAGAUGAUGACGAUGAUUUAUUCUAUGAACGACCAGUAGGAUUGUUCAAUAGGAUUAGCCUGAGGAAGGCGUCUGGUUCUGGGCGCACACUUCUGGAAGGCGUGGGCACAGGUUCUUCUCCUCUACUGGCCAAGAUGAAAUGCUCUGAAGGAAAAGCUUUAGGUUCCGCAGAGAAUAACAGCACUGAGUCUGUGGAGUACCCUGAACUCAGGAAAUCGUCAUCUGAGAACGAUUUUAAGAGAAACAAAAACACAGAGAGUAAAAAAUUCAAGAAUCGACUGGCUUUGGCCCACCGUUCCUUCUCAAGUUUCUUUGAAUCUAAAACCCUUGAGAAGGAGAACACUGAACAGAGUUCAAAGGUUGCAAUGAAAAAUGAAAAAGGCAAAUCACCCCAAACAUCCUGGAAAGCAUUUCUGAAAAGCAAGGAGGCAGAUGGUCUGAAACGCUCCGCUUUAAGCAAUUCUCUUCCAGCACAGCAGACUCCUUGCUCUAGCAGGAGCCCUGGCAGCUUUGCGAGAAGAACAUCCAAGGAAAAGCAAGAAAAUCGCAAUGGACAAGUUUUUCUGAAAUCAAGUGUGCCUAAUGGCUCAUCUGCAGAGGCUGGGCACUCCGAUUCCUCUGGGACUGGUGAAUUUCUACCUAUGGACACAAGGGUGAGCAGGAGAGAAUCAUCUCACGAACUCACUUUAAAGUGUCCACAUUGCCCAGACUGCAAUGGGAAAGAGGAAGCAAUGAGCCAGGAUGGGGACACUUCCUUUGAUGAAUUCUGGCUGAAAGCUCCCAUUAGCCCAAUAGAUCUCCAGUCGUCAUUUUCUCAUUUCGCUCCCUCUUGCCCCCAGUUGUCCAUGUAUGAACGUAAAGAUAUGCCAUGCAGGCCUAUGAGCCCCAAGCCACAGAGUCCUCGGACUAGUUCUCAGCGCAAGGGUUUCCAUUACCCAGGAAGAUUAAACUCCACUUCAAUGAUCUCUCUUGGAAACAUCUCUGUGAUCGAUGGCGCUUUGGAGGCACCCGAGAGGCCAAAGACCUUGAAGCCCAGGUCUAGCUUCUUGCAGUCAAUGCACUCAUUAGAUAAUGACUAUCUAAGAGAGGACAGUGGCAUAAGCAGCCAGUCACAGAUCAGCUUAACCACAGCUUCUUCAGUGAGUGAUAUCAGAGAUGAGGAGAAUAUCCAACCAAGUCAAUUCCCGUCAGAAAAGAGGCCCGGUGAAAAACGUGGUCUCCAUUGCAGAAAGCGGUCUACUCAGCUGCUGCUCUCUCCACACUCAUUCUCAAGCAUAGAGGACAAAGCCUGGGUGCUUCCCUUGCAUGUUCAGGAGGGGAAAGCAAAGGAGCCUGCCCAGAGGAAGAGGCACAGACCCUUAUACAAGCGUUUCAGCUUUGAUGACACAUGGAUGGAAAGGAAUCGGAAAAGGAAGCUUGUGAAAGAGACGCAGUCAGACAGAGAGAAUGAAUCGAGUGUUCUCCCAGGGGAUCAGUUGAAAGUUAAAAGAAGACCAUCCAUUAAUUCAUCAGUGGCCUUCAGUGGGCUUCCACUCAAGUUGCAUAUCUAUUCCCAGAGCACACCCACUGGAUUAGACGGCAUGGGACUCAGGCAGCCAAUCUCCUUUCCUGUAAUUGCUGAUGGAUCACUUGAGAAGACCAGUGAUGAUGUGGGAAGUGAAGAGGACUUGUAUGAAGACUUUCGAGGCUCUAGCCAUCAUUAUGGCCAUCCAGGAGGUGGAGGAGAACAACUUGCUAUUAAUGAGCUCAUCAGCGAUGGUGGUGUGGUCUAUGCAGAAGCACUCUGGGCUCAUGUCACAAUGGAUGACCAAGAGCUAGGCUUCAAGGCUGGAGAUGUGGUUGAAGUAAUGGACGCCACUAACAAAGAAUGGUGGUGGGGCAGGAUAAUGGACAGUGAGGGCUGGUUCCCUGCCAGCUUCGUACGGCUCCGAGUGAACCAGGAUGAACCAAUGGAAGACUACCCUCUGAAGUUAGAAGAUGGGAGGGAAAAAGACUCUAUAAAUGCUCCCCACCGUUAUGGGGUGGGGCAUACAACUAAGGAUCAGAUGAGAACCAAUGUUAUCAAUGAAAUCCUAAGCACAGAGAGAGAUUACAUCAAACACCUGAAGGACAUCUGUGAGGGCUAUAUAAAACAGUGUCGUAAAAGAGCAGACAUGUUCACAGAGGAGCAACUGAAGACAAUCUUUGGGAAUAUUGAGGAUAUCUAUAAGUGCCAGAAAAAAUUUGUUAAAGCACUGGAAAAGAAAUUCAACAAAGACUACCCACACCUGAGUGAGGUCGGCUCCUGCUUCUUGGAAUAUCAAAACGAGUUCCAGAUCUACUCUGAGUAUUGCAACAACCAUCCCAAUGCCUGCAUGGAACUCUCCCGACUCACCAAAGUGAGCAAGUAUGUUUAUUUCUUUGAAGCAUGUCGUUUGCUUCAGAAGAUGAUUGACAUCUCUCUGGAUGGCUUCCUUCUGACCCCUGUGCAGAAAAUUUGCAAGUACCCUCUGCAGCUUGCAGAAUUGCUGAAAUAUACUAACCCACAACAUAGGGAUUUUAAAGAUGUUGAAGCCGCUUUAAACGCCAUGAAGAAUGUGGCACAGCUCAUCAAUGAGAGGAAGAGGCGUUUGGAGAACAUAGACAAAAUUGCUCAGUGGCAGAGUUCAAUAGAGGACUGGGAGGGUGAAGACGUCCUUGUCAAGAGUUCUGAACUCAUCUACUCUGGGGAAUUAACCAAAAUUUCCCAGCCUCAAGCCAAGAGCCAUCAAAGAAUGUUUUUCCUCUUUGAUCAUCAGCUUGUCUGCUGCAAGAAGGAUCUCCUACGACGUGAUAUCCUGUAUUAUAAGAGUCGAAUCAACAUAGACAACAUGGAGAUUCUGGAUGUGGAAGAUGGAAAGGAUAAAGACUUCAGUAUCACUGUUAAAAAUGCAUUCAAAUUGCAUUGUAGGGACCCGGAAGGAGUCCAUUUAUUUUGUGCAAAGAAGCCAGAGCAGAAGCAGCGCUGGCUCAGAGCGUUUGAGAACGAGCGGAAGCAGGUUCAGCUUGACCAAGAAACAGGAUUUUCGAUCACAGAGAUGCAGAAGAAACAAGCUAUGCUUAAUGCCAGCAAACAGAACCAGAGUGGGAAACCAAAAGUGGUCACCAGGACAUAUUAUGAUUUCUUGAUGCGCCAGAAACACCCCACCUUGCCUACCAACCUGCCGCAGCAGCAAGUCUUCAUGCUGGCAGAGCCCGCGCAAGCCUUCCAACUUCUGGCAGAACAUCAGCAGGCUGGCACCAUUUCGGAAAUAAGAGGAAAGAAGCCCAACCUCGUGCCUGAAUACCCUCGAGAAAGCACUUUAUGCAUCAGUCCUGCAAAACCAAGCACUAGCACCCCCUCCUGGCUUUCAGAGGGAUAACAUUCAUCCUUCACACCCUUCUUUUGCCAGACUCAUCAUGUUACGAUGACAUGUUGCGUAUGCGUGUGUGUGUCUGUGAAAAUGAGCCUGCCCAUCUCUUCGAGCAUCCAGGAAGACAAAAUGUGAGAUUGGAGUCAGAACCUUAUUGCCCUCCUUUUUCUUAACCUCCCUUGUUUUAUCAGUUUCUUUUUGGACCAUAUUUCUCGUUGGGAAUCUGAUUCACUUUGUUUCCACAAGGCUGCCAGACAAGGAAGGCAAGUGGCUGUUUAGUCCCACUACCUGCUUGGCAUUUGCUCUAAGCAGCUGUUUAGUGAUGCUGCUGUUUUGCAAUUUUUCUGGUGUGAUGGAUUCCCUUUCUCUCCCCUUCUCAUCCUCAUUUUCAUCAAAAUCCUGAAUAGACGAAGCAUUCCCAGGGAAGCACCUUCAACCUUCCUUUACCUGAAAGUGGAACUACUGACAAGAAACCAGAACAGGACCCACAAAUCUGAAGCAUGACUAAACCACCCUCAAGACCUUUUCAAUCUAGUUGAGUUAAUGUACAUAGUAGGGGAGGGGGAAAUGUGCCUAAAUUAACUUUGCAUUACUUUUACUUUCUACCAACACUUUGCCAUAGUUCCUGGCCAAUGAAACUUUUUGUCAAUGUUUUUAAAUGUUUAUUUAUGGUUAAAGUGCAGAUAACUGUAUUUUGUAAGAGUUUGUAAUCUGUCUUGUCAGAUGUUAACUUGAUGCCUGUUUUGUCUAAUUUUUUUCACUAAAGAAAAAGGCCAACCUUUGUAAGCCUGUAGUCCUAAAGAUAUGAAACAGACAUGUCUGAAGAGGAAUUUCAGAUGUACCAGGCACUUACACACAAAUCAGUAUUACUUGGAAACUGUGUCGCCCAUGCAAUGGACUACAGAGGUAGUGAGGGUACUUACUGAAAAGCAGGGACAGUUUGAAAAUUGUAUGGGAGAGUGUAUAUCUAGAUGCAGGCACUUGAAAAAUUGAGGGCAAAAAUACCCAUAUAAUCACUGAUUAGGAAGAGAAAGAUUUGCCUUAUAUUAGUGAAAUAGUUAGAAGCCAUAACUGACUGAAUCCCAUCAUCAAGGGAUUUCCUGGUACUGUGAAGUUAAAAGGAAAAAACCCAACCUUACUCCAGUAUGAGACUAUUGCAGGGCAGCGAGCAUGCAUUAGCCUGAUGCAGAGAGAGGCAGUGUCCAGUGGUAGCUGACAGCUACACAGACGUAGAAGCAUGCUCAGAUUCAUUCUUGCACUAUAUCCUUUACCCCAGUGGGAGGGGCUACAUUUAAAUUUCAUAAAGAAACUUGUAAAAAUGACUUCCACUCAGUGUCUGUGUGUGUUAUAAAGCAACCUUUGUGGUACAGCA